GGGGGCAGGGUUACAGGGUAGUGGAGUGGCUGAGCUGUUCACUGCUUUGAUGGAGUCUGACUCCAGAUUAUUCAAAAAACUGUUGUUUCUCUCUGGCCCCCUCUUCCAUUCCAUCCCACACUCUCCCUCCCACACACAAUCCACCCCUCUCUUUUUCCAUCCACCCUUCCUCACCUCCUUUUUUUCUAUAUCCUUCUUUCUCGCUCUUUACAUUUACUUAUUCACUGCAUUAUUACAUUUCUUUUUUUAUUUAAGAGGGACAAAUAUUAAAAGCUCUUUAUAAAUAAAUAUACAUGAUUAUUUUCUCUCCCUCCCUCUUUUUCCCUCUCUCUGAACAUCUCCCUGAUAUCAGAAGGGAAGACGUCUUUAUUUGUAAUUUGAGUAGCCUAGUUACAUAUCUGUUCUUUCUGCCAAGGAAUUUUCAGUACACGGAAGACUUCUGUCCAACGGCCACAAAUAUCCCAUUGCUUUCACUGACAAUUGACAGCAACAGGGUGAACUUUUGUUUUCUUGCCUAAACAACCCAAGAUCUUUACAAAUAGUGAAUUGAAUCUACUGUAUCUGGUCGAAGAACAAGUGUGUGCAAAUUUGUCAUUUUGCGCCACCAAAAGAGCUAUGGAGAAAACCCAAGGGAGGGAUCUCAGCCUAAAACCGAUCGUGAUUGCAGGCCCUGUGAUCAGGGACAAGAAGUUUCUGCAAUGGCUGGGCAAGGUCCUAGAGCUCAGCUGGCUGCGGAACAAGGACAUAGAGGAGCGCAAGGGACUGUUGGGAGAGUUGCUCCCCUCCUUCGCUAACGGAGCUGUCGAGAGCAACGACUUCCUCUCCCUCCAGGAGAUCCUAGAAAAUAUGGAUGUGAACUGUGGGGACUAUGACGGCACCAAACCACUGCUGAAGGCCUGUGAGAUCGGUAACCUGGACAUGGUCAAGUACCUGCUGGCCAAAGGAGCCUCGCAGCAUUUGAAAGACCGCUUCGGAAACACACCCCUACGCCUGGCCAUUAUCAACAGGCAUUAUGACGUCAUCAAGUUCCUGAGGAUGAGAGAGGCGUCACUGGCUAUGCCCGCAGUGAGGAUCGGCGUGGAGCUGCUGCAGGCGGUGGCCAAGAAAGACUACCAGCUGCUUCAUGCCUGGGCGCUGUCUGGAGUGGACAUGGACUCUAAGGACUACAAUGGACGCACGGCCAUGCACCUGGCUGUCAAGAUGAGGGACACAGUCAUGGUCCGCAGGCUGCUGGAGUAUGGGGCAACACCGCUGGAGAUAGAUAUCUGGGGCCAGACUCCAGUGGACGAGGCCCGUAAAGGCAACAUGUUGAGGAUCAUGCUGGCGUUCCACCCCCUCUUCACUGAGCAGCUCACCACCAAGCUGGCCUACCUGACCUGCAAGGCCCAAGCCCAGAGGAACAAGUAAUGGAAGAAGACCCUGAAAUGUGUCCCAAAGGGCACUCUAUUGCCUAUAUAGUGCACCACUUUUGACCAGGGCCAUAGGGAAUAAAAUAAACACCGGGGCCCAAGAAAACACUUUCAUAAAUAAACUUUAAUUUUACUUA